GGCCCCACCGGCCCCGCGGCUCCGGGGCUAAGGAGUCGGGCCCCGGGCCGCCACCGCCACCUCGGCCGCUGCCGCCAGCGCCGCCAUCGCCUUGAUCCCCCAUCCCUCGCCAUGGCCGAGGAGCUCUCCGCGGCCACGUCCUACACCGAAGAUGAUUUCUACUGCCCCGUCUGUCAGGAGGUGCUCAAAACACCCGUGCGGACCGCGGCCUGUCAGCACGUUUUCUGUAGAAAAUGUUUCCUGACUGCAAUGAGAGAAAGCGGAGUACAUUGUCCCCUCUGUCGUGGAAAUGUGACUAGAAGAGAGAGGGCAUGUCCUGAACGGGCCUUAGACCUUGAAAAUAUCAUGAGGAAGUUUUCUGGUAGCUGCAGAUGCUGUGCAAAACAGGUUAAAUUUUACCGCAUGAGACAUCAUUACAAAUCUUGUAAGAAGUAUCAGGAUGAAUAUGGUGUUUCCUCUAUCAUUCCAAACUUUCAGAUCUCUCAAGAUUCAGUAGGGAACAGUACUAGGAGUGAAACAUCCACAUCUGAUAACACAGAAACUUACCAAGAGAGUACAAGUUCUUCUGGACAUCCUACCUUUAAGUGUCCCUUGUGUCAGGAAUCAAAUUUUACCAGGCAGCGUUUACUGGAUCAUUGUAACAGUAAUCACCUAUUUCAGGUAGUUCCUGUGACGUGUCCUAUUUGUGUAUCUCUUCCUUGGGGAGAUCCUAGCCAGAUUACUAGAAAUUUCGUUAGUCAUCUAAAUCAAAGACAUCAGUUUGAUUAUGGAGAAUUUGUGAAUCUUCAGCUAGAUGAGGAAACCCAAUAUCAAACUGCUGUUGAAGAAUCUUUUCAAGUAAACAUCUGAAAGCUGUACACAUCUUUGCAUCUUUGUACCUACAAGUGCCAUCUUUAAGGGAAGAAGUCGCCGUUUCAAUAACUUGAUGUGUAUAUUAAUAAAAGUAAUUCAGUCUAUUGCUCUAGUUUUUAAUUGAAAAAUAAAGGUGAGCCAUCUAUAAAACUUCAUUCUCAUGAUAAGAAGUGACAGUUACAUUUUAAAAAGAAUUAGAAGGAUUAUAUUUCACUAAUGUAAUGUUGAAAAAGGAACCCUAUUGUACUUUAUCUUUUUUUAUAUUAUAUCAUCUUGAAUUUUCCCUUGUUGGCUUUUGAAAUUUUGUUCAGUUCCUUCCAUUGAUGUUUAUAUGCAUGGAACACAAAGUAGCAAAUUCUGAAACAUGUGAUUGAUAUAAACCUAACAGAUCUGAGCCAUUUAUCAGAGUUGCAGAAUAGAAACUUGAAGUGCUAAUGAAACAAUCCAAAGGAAACUUUUUUAAUGCAGAUUCUAGCUGAAGAAUUAAA